AUGUGAGCGAGGGGAGAGUCAGAAUUUACCCCCCUGCCUAUCAGCCAGCCACGUUCUGCGCGUGUAGAAGCAGGAGCGUACAAAGAGCCAUCCAUGACAAAGAAGGUUUUCUGUAGAUAAUAAGAGUGACAUGUGACACGAAACUAUUGAAUGUGAAGGGAGAAUGUGUGUGAAGAAUCAUGUGACUGAACUACUUAAUUUUUCUUAUGUGGUUCGGGUAUAAGCAUUUCUUUUGCUGAUUCAUCAGUGGGCGUCGUUUGUAAGGAGGAGCCUUACAUAAGGAGGAUUGUAUGAUAACUGUGAGAAGCAGAACUAAGGUGAAAAGGGAGUGGAUAAUGCUUAAAAAGUAAUUGCGAAGUAGGGUUGAGAAAAGUGAAUGAAUUAAUUCGAAAACAGCAAUAGCAAGAUCAUAAGAUAGAUAAAAAAAGGCGUACAUCGAAGAAAGUAAAAGAAGAGUGUGUUAGAGUGACAGAUUUGACAGAGAAAGCGGAAAUCUAUUAAGUCUUCCUAGUUGCGCAUCCCGCUCGUCACUUGCUUCCGUGACGUCACCACGGGUGUCAUGGCGAGCCUUGUUUUGUUUUGGUGUGGCGACAGCUGAUCCUGGAUGAGAGAAAGCCCUUGUUUAUGAUGAUUUAGAGUGCUUCUUCUAACCCCCUCAACCCUCUGCGAAGGGCUGACGAGAGAGAGAAAGGAAGAAAUAGGAGGAGUGAGAGAAAGAGGGGCGAGAGAAGGCAAAAGAGCGCGUCCAUGAAGUCAGACGCAGAGCAGAGCCUGGCCGGACCUCCAGCACAACCUCCUCCCUCACCGCCUCCAGCAGCCGCCCCAGCCCCCGCCACGACCUCCCUCGCGGCCUCGGCUGUGGAAGAGAGGGUCAGGUCCUUCUCCACGGCUUCGGAGGCCUCGGAGGACUCCACCUCCGCUCUCCUACCCGACGUGGCCUUCGGGCCCGCCUCGUCCUCGUCUGCUGCCGCCAGCCACACGGGUAUGGGGUCCCCGAGGAGCAACAGGGAGAGCCAACCGCUCCUCGGCGCCAGGCACGACGUCGACGAGUUCAACCAUUGGCCAGAUGACCCACACUUCACAGACUUAGUAAGACAAGCAGAAACAGCCAUUGAAAGUGGGAUUUAUCCAGAGAGGAUAUACCAGGGCUCGAGUGGGAGCUACUUCGUCAAAAACAGCAAUGGGAAAGUCAUUGCUGUGUACAAGCCAAAGGAUGAGGAGCCUUAUGGCCGCCUCAACCCCAAGUGGACCAAGUGGUUGCAUAAGGUGUGCUGCCCAUGUUGUUUUGGACGGUCAUGCCUUGUGCCCAACCAGGGCUACUUAUCAGAGGCGGGCGCAUCCCUUGUUGACCAGAAGCUGCAGCUGAAUGUUGUUCCUAAAACUAGGGUAGUCAAAUUAGCUAGUGAAACCUUUAAUUACACGAGGAUAGACAGAGAAAAGUCAAGAGCCAAAAAAUUGGUGUCUGAGAGAUUUCCAAAAGUAGGGAGACACUUCCACAGGAUUGGUCUUCCUCCCAAAGUUGGCUCCUUCCAGCUGUUUGUUGAGGGCUUCAAAGAUGCAGAUUACUGGCUGCGGAGGUUUGAAGCAGAGCCAUUGGGAGAAACUACCAGCCGGCAGUUCCAGCUCCAGUUUGAGCGGUUGGUCAUCCUCGAUUACAUCAUCCGAAACACGGACCGUGGCAACGACAAUUGGCUCAUCAAAUAUGACAAGCCAGAAUUGGACGACCAGGGGGAUGGGGAGGACUGGUCUCUUGUGAAACCCCCAGAAGUGAAAGUAGCAGCUAUUGACAAUGGUCUGGCAUUCCCCUUCAAGCACCCAGAUUCUUGGCGGGCGUAUCCCUACCAUUGGGCGUGGCUCCCUUGGGCCAAGGUCUCCUUUAGCCAGGAGACGCGUGACCUGGUGCUCCCCCUCCUCUCAGACAUGAACUUCGUACAGGAGCUCUGUGAUGACAUGUAUAAUCUUUUCCAGACUGACAAAGGCUUUGACCGACACAUAUUUGAGCGCCAGAUGUCUGUAAUGCGAGGACAGAUACUAAACCUGACCCAGGCCCUUAGAGAUGGCAAGAGUCCUGUACAACUGGUCCAGAUGCCAGCUGUCAUAGUGGAAAGUUUAGUUAAAAUAUUUUAAGGGGACCAUCUUCGACAGGGGAUUAGGAAGGGGGUCAUUUGGAGUUAGCUAUCCUAUGGUAUAGGUACACAAAUGAGGAAGCUACCAAACGACUGUUAGAGCCCAGCUAGGGCCAUUUUUUUGGCGCAGAAAUGCAGAAGCGCCAUCAGGUAAUCUACGUAUGAAGGUAAUUA